UGUGUUUUUCUUUUUUUAAAAUUUAUUUAUUUAAUUUUAUUCUAUUUCUGCUAUACUAAAAUGAAUCCCAGAUUAUUUGGACCACUGCAAUUUUUAUAAACAUUUUAGACAUGCAUUGAUUCUAUUUUUAAUUUACAGACACUGAAACUGGAUAAACUCUCCUGUGCUUAUUCACAGCUUUGAAAAGUAGCUGACCUGUCUGCUGCUGUCUGUUUGAUGAUUGAAAAGGAAGAUGAUUUUAAUGGCGAAUAGAGUCUGAACUUUAAUAUUAAAAAACGAAUGCACUCGUAAACAGCUGCUGACACCUUAGUGAUGUAUGAUAACUUUAACUGCCACAAUACAGCUAUCUCCUGCCAUUUGUUGCUCACUUUGUGAUACCAAAUGCCUGCUUUCGAUUGACAUGGUGAUAUGAUGUGAGAGUAUGAGGCCACAGUGCAAAUCUGUCAGUGUAGACUUUUGAGGGAUGCUGUUAAUGUACUAAAAUUACACAAACAGACAUAGAUGGAAAACUAGAACACUGAUUAAGCCAAAUAAGUAGCAGAAAAGCAGUUCAGCUUUUUCAACAAACUGGGUGGCAAGAUGUGUCAGCUAAAGGUCCACUUCCCCAUUCAUGAUGGCAGCACUGAAACAUUAUAUGAUUGUUCAAGGAACACUCAAAGAUCUGUAGGAGACGUCAACUGAACGACACAUAUAAGAAGAGGUGCGCGACACGGUAUAUGAGUAAACUUAUAAUAUUACUUUAAAUGCAGUGAACUUAAAUGUACUGUAAAUACAGUACAAGUGUAAUACAUCAACCAACUGGACAUGGUUUCAUCAGUUUACUUUAAAGUCUCUCAGUAUGUCACUGUGUUAGAAAGGUUUCAUUUUCAUUCUUGAGUUCGUAGUGGACACCAUCUUUCCACCUAAUCCAUCUAGUCCAGUCCAGUUGAGUCCUGCCAAAGCUAACAUGAUGCCACAGUGGUCAAUGAUAGAACUACAAGGGGAAAAAUACAGAAAAUUCCACUUUAAACUGUUAAUUAAGGCACCUUCUGUGCUCACCCUCUCAGUGUACCAUCCCGUUGCAGUUACAUUGUGAACAACAGGAUGGAGCUGUGUGACCGGAGCAAAUGAUGAUUUUCCUUUAGUUUGGACUGUAUGAGAGGUGAUUAAUAACACUGGACGUUGUAUCUCCAGUCAUCGAGUCUGUCAGUUCUUUCUGCUGUGGCAACACUUGAACAUAUGCACACCCACACUGUUAAAUGUAGCAGCCUGAGAGUGUGAGUGUGAGUUGGUCCUAAAAACAGCUGUGGUUAUCAGUAAAGGAAGGAUGCUGGUUCACAUUAAUGAAUCAACAGGCAGACAACAAAUAUCUCACAGACAUGUCCCUGUACAUGUCCUCAUCUCAUUACACGCCAGAAAACAACACCGAUGGAUGAAUAAAAAUAUUAGACCUCUUUGUAUAAGUCUGUACCAGUGCUGCAAAAAUAUAAAAUGUUUGGCUUGAGCAUGACACCAAAAGAAAGGCCAUGUUUUCCUCUAACUGAGUACAUCACAAGGGUUUGUCCUCUGUACGGUGGGCACUUUGGGAUCAGUCUGAGUAGGCUCAAUUUCUACCAGGCUCAGCUUUCUCAUUGUUAGCUGCGUUGGACUCAGCGUAAUUUUGUUGGCUUGCAGGGUACGUGUACAUGCUCACUGUGCGUGAAAAUCGAUGUGUAAAAUGUUUAUCAAUGAUGCACCCAGUGUUUUUCAAAAUACUGCUGAAUUCUUCUUAAUACUCAAUAAGAAAUCCCUAGAAAGUCGUGACUUGAAGGGAUUUGUCAGUUGGGAGAAUGCUAAUCUACAGUCUAAGGAAUUGGUGCCACUACUGUGGUUCUAGCCUCUAAAUGGGAUUAUAUGGUCACAACUGAGUGCUUCUUCUUUUGCCACUGAUGAAGUGUUCGUGAGCAAGGCGCACAACUCCCAGCAAUCUACUCGCCGUCUGCUGCAGAAGCAGGAGAGGCGGGCAGUAAAGGUUGCAGUGGAAACAUGGAGUACAGACAGAUUACAAAGAGAUCAACACUCUCGUUUUAUCCUCCUGCAUGCUUCUCCUCUGACAGCAGAUUACACAUCUGAUCCCAGUGUGCUCCUUUCAGCAUGAUGAACGUCUGGCUCUGUGAGAUUUGUUGUAUCUUAGAGUGCAUCUUUGAUUAAUUAGACUUGUGGGCUCAGACUACCAGGUGUGUAAUACAGACUGUGACGUGAUUAGACUAACCUCGAAAUUCAUUAACUGCUUGAUGAAAACAUUUUCUAAUUUCUGUUUUCUAACAUUUUACACUCAGCACAAGGAGAAUGAUUGAUGACUGACUUUAGUUAAAAACUGAUCACCACAGGUCUGAAAUGUUAACAUCAACGAAUUCCAAACUGGAGAGCGGUGGGGAGCUGAGCGCUGAUCUGUGCUUCAUCUCGACAUCUGACAGUCAGACGCAACAUGUUGACAAAGACUCUGAACUCCCAGAGAAGAUGCGCGUGGUUCCGAUCCAUCGGCGUCCGGAUCUGUUGGUGCCCUGCGCUGACCUGGUCAACUCUGAGUGGCAGAGGAGCCAGGCCGCUCGGGUUCACUCUCUCCAGAAGUCCUGUCCAGAGUUCCCCAUCUGCCUGGUUCUCCUGCAGGGCCACAGAGAGACAGAGCGGCUCCUCGGCCACGCCCGGCUGUCCCGGGUCGUAGGCCACAGCGGCAGCCUGUUUGUCGAGUCUGUGGUUGUAUCCAAGGCGGAGAGAGGGAAGGGCUAUGGCCGGACUCUGAUGGAGGAGACCGAGCGCUAUGCAAAAAGCAGAGGGUUCAAGCGCCUGUGCCUGACCACACACGAUAAGCAGCACUUCUACGCCCACAUCGGCUACGUGCUGUCAACGCCGGUGCAGAACGCAGGUGCCAUGACAGCAUUUGUUCCCAUGGAGAUGCUUCUAAGGUUCUCUAGAAUGCCAAAUGAAGAGGCUGAGACGCAGAAACAAACAGGGACGAAGAUGGAUGCUCGAGUACCACCAGGAGACAGAAACUCAAGAGUUGCCAGUGUUGAAGGAUCAACUCCACCUUCUGGUUUACAUCCUCUUUCCAUCCCUCCUCCACCACCUCCCUGUAUCCCUCCAACUCCUUCCAUCCCUCCUCCACCACCACCACCUCCCUCUGUCCCUCCUCCACCAACUCCUCCCUGCAUCCCUCCUCCACCUCCUCCGCCUCAACCUGCAGGGCACCUUGUAGUUCAGACUCUGACCGAAACUCCCUACAGAGAUGCCAAAGGAGUUCCCAUCUAUUGGAUGCACAAAGACAUUUGACGAACCCAUAUUCAGAUACACUUGUGAAUGCGUUUGCAAAAGGACAGAGACAAGAAAGCUGUAAAGGACACACUGCAUUAGUGGUCUCUUAGAGGAUGAGGAAUCGAGGAAAUACAGAGUGUGGAAAACUUCAGAGAGGGACAGAAAAGUUCGAACCAAAGAGAACCAAACAAAAACUGAAAACAUCCAUACAUUUACACAUUCAUUCACUGCUGGUACACAUUCAGUCACACUCAGUUUCAUUCUUUAAAGGCUUUGUAGCUUGGGCUGACAUAAGUACAGAAUCACUGACGCCAGAAAACAGCACUACGUACAGCCAGAGACAUAUCAUAAGCUUUGAAACAAAGAUCAUGUAAUGCUUCAGUUGACUUGAGCUGGUCUUUUACUGUGGGACAUCAUUUGUGUUGGAUAUUCAUGAAAUGAAGGAGAUGAAAGUGCUUGUCAGUGGCAAUUUGGAUACACCCAAGCUUUGUUUUGACUUCAAACUAAACUGGUUUAGAUAAUUACAUAAAACUGCACAUUGAAACAAACUAAUGGCUGUCCUGGGCCCAGUGUGUCUCUGUGCAACAAAGCAGUGGGUAAAAUAAAAAAUGGUGGCCAACACUAUGACAGUUAGGAACAGGUUGUGAUAUGAGAGAGACUUGGUGAAAUACCUUAGUGUGAAUUUUUUGUAUUUAUUGUAACUUGAGUGAGAUGCUUGACCUUCACUGUGCCGAAUGACGUGUGUGCGCUUUGACACCAUAAGACGUGUAUGUAAGACAUGAUUCUGUGACAUGCAGUUUACCCAAAUGUGAUGUGUCACAAACACUGAGAAUGAACUUGUGUUCAGUGAAGUGGCAGACAUCUUGCUCAGUAAGGGAGCAGGAAUCGAUAAAGAAUUUAACCUAGCUAAUUGAAUAUCAGACAAAUUAUUAUCCACAGAAGGGUACAUAUAUUAUAAUGUCUGGAGCUGAAGAUGGUGUUUGACUGAAAGCUCAAUAAAGAUAAUAUGGAAACAAACUAUUUUGUCUCAUCCAAGCAACUCAAGCUGCUAAUAAAUUACACUAUAUGGACAAGAGUACUGGGGCUCCAUUGCACCAAUAGGGAUUUUAAUGGCAUCACAAUCUAAAUACACAGACAGCUAUGUGGCUAUAACAGCUUCCACUCUUCUGGAAAGGUUUACAGUUUAAGUUAUUAAGACGUGUUAUUUAAGGAAAAUGUUGCAUACUUUUAUAUCUGAUGUUUCGAUUCUGAAAAAUAGGGAAAAUAAAGAGAAUCCAUUCAAAUA